AUGAAGAAGCCCAGGAAAAGCAAGAGGCUCAACAAGAAAAAGGAAAAGGGCCAGAAAUUUCGACUGUCAGCAACCUCAGGCCACCUCAUUCCACUACAAACCAUUCGACAGCGAAUCAAAGGCAUAUGGCAGUCGUUGACAUGGCCGAUUUGCGUCAAGAUUUUGAAAGCUAAUAUUGCAGUAACCAUUGCGCUUGCACUUUUAUUGAUCGAUCCUAUCAGAAAUGUGUCAUCGACUGGUGGCAUCUUGGCUUCUGUCGCUGUAGAAUUUGUGCAUCCUGCGAAAUCGUAUGGGUUUCUAGCUGAAGACAUUCUGCUAGGCACUGCCAUGUGCUGUAUGUCUGGAUCGUGGGCUAUAUUAGGUACUUAUCUGGCAUCGCUUGUCAGAGAUCCUAAUGAUCCCACCAUGGCUCAGCCUGAGGUGUGUGCUAUCUUGUCCUGCUUUUUGGUAGUGGGAUGCUUCUUCCUCAGCAUGUUUCGAGUCAAAGUGGAGCAAGCCAAUGUGGGUGGCAUGCUGUCGGCUUCCAUCAUGGUGAUUAGUCUCACUUCGGCUGUAACACAUAGAGAAUUCACAGCUACGACAACGCUUCAAGUGCUGGUGCCUACCCUUGUCGGAUUCAUGCUCAUCUUCACUAUAUUUCUCGUAAUAUUUCCUGAAAACAGCACACGAGUGUUUGUGCAAGAUCUCAUCAAAGUGUUCGAGUCAUUUGACGGUAUUCUGCAGCGCCAAGUCAAUGCGUUUAUUCGAGUCAAUCCUAGACCUAGUAUGUCGUUGGAUCAGACCGAAUCACUAGCAACAAUCCAUCAGACCGUGGAUGCUUUGAUUACAAACCUUAUUCAGAAAAAGCGCAUGGUGAGGAGAGAGCCCUCAUUCAAUGCUAUUGCGCCGACUGAUGUCAGUGAGAUGACUUCGCUUAUCAAGAAGCUUCGAGUACCUAUACAGGGUCUCGGCCUUAGCAGGGCAAUGGAAGAAAACAUGCGCAAGGCAGAGAAGAGUUUAUUUCAAGCUGUUCCACUAGAGAUGAUGGAUACUUCCAGGAAUCAAGAGGGCGGCGAGCAAGAACAAGAUCCUCUGGCUACAGACGAUGAGGCACAGCAGCAGGAUAACGCCAAUUUGCCACCGCCUUUCGCUCGGCCUCGCAGCUAUUACGGCGGCACAGACGACGAAGAAGACGGGAGUUCCAACGAUGAUGCAGCAGUGACCACAGACGACGAUGCAUCGACCUACUCAGUCUCACAGACGCCCUCUACAGCCAAUACAUCAUCGACCUCAUUCGUGAGUGACAAUACGACAUCACCACGCCGAAGAAAAGUACGAUGGGAUGACCAUAUGAAAGUGAUGAGCUACUGGAGACAAGAUUACGAUGAUGUUCUGAACAUUGUAAAACCAACCUAUCUGGAAUUAACAGAUGCAUGCUCAUUAGCAGUGCAAGAGUCGGUUAAACGAUUACGUCGGUUGCAAAACUUGGAUCCGCGAUAUCAAGAUAGGCCCUUCUUUUACGAAUGGUAUUAUAAAUGGAAGGUAGGCUCCAAGCAAGCAGCGGAAGAAGCAUUAGCGAAUGAAUACAACCGCUUGCAUGAUCCCUCAGUGCCGCUUUUUGAAGCAAUGGCAAGAUUUCACCAGCAUCGACUCGUAGGCUUAGAGCGACUGUACACCAAAUCAGGCGUGCCUAGACGCAUUCUGUUUCUGCUGCUGACGUUUCAGUUUAAUUUGCAUUCGUAUGCAGAACACAUAUAUACCCUCACUUCACUCAUAUAUGAACUGGAUCAGACCCGAACCAAACGCCGAUUCUGGAUGCCUCAUAUUUCGCUCAGAAAGUGGUUCUUUCAAGAACGCUCUGUGGAUGGUGCACUUGACUCACCCAAUACCAUGGCAGACACUAUCAGCCCAACAUCGCUGCAACGGAGCAUGUCGAGAAGAGCUACUAUGAUUGCUGCCGCAGCAGCAACGAGUCCUACAACUGCUGUGGAUUUGGAGGCACAAAAAGUGUUAUACAGACUAGACACUCCCCAUCGCGGCCAAGUACACUCUCCAUCAGAGCAUCACGAACGGCAUCCGUACGAUUCUGCAGAAAAAAGAGCCUCCUCUCAGAACAUCAAUCCUUGGCGUCAGAAUACGCUGGAUCCACUCGAGUACCACGACCCUGAUGUUGCCUAUCCCACCACAUCCACACAGCGCUUCUUUUACUCGGUCUACAUGUUCUGCGUCAAGUACCUCUACACAGCGGAUGCCGCCUUCUCGUUUCGAGCUGCUAUCGUGGUAGCAUUUCUAUCGUUGCCUGGGUUUUUAGAGGACUCGGUAAUGUGGUAUAACGAAGUGCGCGGGCAAUGGGCCGUUGUCGUUGCCUUGAUUUGGAUGGGUCCUUCUGUGGGCAGUAACUUUUUUGGCACCAUGACGCGAACGAUUGGCACGUUUAUUGGCGCCAUUGAAGCCAUGAUUAUAUGGGAGAUCAGCAGAGGCAGUGUGCCUGGCUUGAUCAUCUUGACAUUUAUUUGUAAUCUGCCCUGGUGGAUGAUUUAUAUCCAUGGCAAAUUCUGGAAAGCGACAGGUCUUUUCUCCAUGAUCACAAUAUCACUUAUUGUUGGUUAUACUUAUAGCUACAAACCUAACGGAUAUCCAGUCUCUGUGUUUGUGAUAACAUGGGAGAGAACGGUAGACGUCCUGGUAGGCGUGUUUGCCGCUCUUGUUAUCAGUAUAUUUCCAUUCCCUCGCACUGGUCGGGUUGUGCUUCGACAUCGUAUUUCCACGACACUGUCUGAGCUCGGUGCACUGUAUUCAUCGUUCUUGGCUCUGCUACUCAAGAACAAUGUGGAGGAUAUGAAUGUGGUGGAAGCCAACAAAAAGAUGUUUCAAUCAGUAGCAGGAUCCAUCCGUAGACAGAUCAAGGGCGAGCGAGUGCUACUAGAGCAAAGUCGAUUUGAACCUGCUCUGCGUGGCAUAUUUCCAGAGAACAAAUACCUUCAUAUACUGCAGAUUCUGGAUAACAUUCUCAGUCUGAUGCUGGAGAUGGAAUUUGCGUUUGAGAAGAUUCCUUAUACAUGGCGAAUGAUGAUUGUAAAGGACACUUGGAAAGAGAGAAAAGCAAUGAUUGCUUCCUUUUUAACAACGCUGCAUUUAGGCUCUAAUGCACUCACAAGCAAAGCACCGUUACCACCCUACGUAAUACGUCCCACCAAAGCUAGAAGAGAAUUGACAAAUAAGGCGCGCAAAUCACCGGCACUUCGAUAUCAACAUUUGGGCGACCGGGAAUAUACCUAUUUCAGCACGUAUUUAAUGAACUCUGAGCAGCUGGCGGUGGAAUUGGAGUUACUAGUUGCUACUAUCCGUGAUCUUGUUGGACCUGAUAGUGUCAGUGUGUGGCUUAAUUACAAGCAUUAG